ACUGCGCGUGAGCAGAGGGUCUUCGAGACAGAACCCCUUCAGUCGUCAGAUUUAUAUUGAGAGUUUUUUUUGGGGGGAGGUUAUGGGAAGGAGGGUGUUUUUGUGAACCAACCUCUUUCAGUGUCCAGGAAUAAUGAUGAAGAAGGACGUUAGUUUGAGCCCGGCGGACGAGGCGGACCUGAAGCCGCAUCUGCGGGAUGCCGAGAGCCUCCUGAGUUCGCCGGAGUUGGGGCUGCUGAAACUGGCCUCGCCGGAGCUGGAGCGACUCAUCAUCCAGUCCAACGGCAUGGUCACCACUACACCCUCCGUUUCACAGUUCUUGUACCCGAAAACGGUCACCGACGAACAGGAAUUCGCGGAGGGCUUCGUGAAAGCGUUGGAGGAUCUUCACAAGCAAAAUCAGCUGAACGGAUCUGGGCAGGCUAAUGGGAGUCUCGAUCUAGGUGCGCAUCUCUCCCCGGUCUCACUGCCGCUCGAUCUACCGGUGUACACCAACCUGAACAGUUACGGUAGCGGACCACUGGGGACCACCGUCAACUACUCCACCGACACCGUCCCUUUUCCACCUCCUCCCCCGCCGCAUCAUUUCGGAGAAGCCGCUGCUCAGCCGCCGGAGCUCACGCGGGUUCAGACUCCAAAAGAGGAACCUCAGACGGUGCCGGACGUGCAGAGUUUCGGGGAGAGCCCGCCGCUGUCACCGGUCGACAUGGACUCGCAGGAGCUCAUAAAAGCCGAGAGGAAGCGGCUCAGGAACCGGAUCGCAGCCUCCAAGUGUCGAAGGCGCAAACUGGAGCGAAUCUCUCGACUGGAGGACAAAGUGAAGACUCUAAAGAACCAGAACACUGACCUGGCCUCCACAGCUGGCCUGCUCCGAGAGCAAGUGGCCCAGCUGAAACAGAAAGUCCUGACCCAUGUGAACAGUGGCUGUGAGCUGUUGCCACAUGAGGUCCCAGUUCACUAGGGAGUCGAUCCAGAACCAGAACCGGUCCAGCAUAUAAGAUGGAACACUAGUCAGUGUGGGUUAUCGAUCACAUCGAUGUGGACGCUGAAAAUGACCCGCUCAUUUGUUUGGAGCCUCUGACACGGGAAAUGAUCGAACUGGGCUUAGUCAUCGAACUAAUAACCGAGCGAGUGGACAGUAAUCUAUUCAAUAUAAAAUAAAAUACGCUCAUUCUGUUCUACCCGGUGGAGUGUAGUAAUUGAUCAAUAUCUCCAUAUUCGCGUGUUCAUUUUAAAUUGAUCUGCCUGUGAUGUCUUCUGCGAAUGUUAUUUCUCAACAGCUGUUAAUAAACAGAAUCGCGCUCUAUUCAUUCUGUGUGUUUAGUUUUAUGCGUCUGACCAGGACUGUUCGUCGCUCUGGUCAGACUGCGUCUGUGAAAUAACGCUGCUCAGUAAUGAACACUGUUUUAUAGGUUUCA